AUGGACAAGACCAAGAACGCGAUGAGUCCCGAAGAGCAACUGGAGGACCUGCAGAGGCGAUUCACGCUGCUGGAGGGCGAACGCAAGGCGACGUACGAGACAGCUAAGCUCAACAUCCAGCAGAACAAGGAGAUCAUCACCCAGAUGAAGGAGGAAAACAAGACCCUGAGGAACCAGAUUGCCGAGAUUCGCAUCGAAAAGCCCGAGUCCUUGGAGAAGUCACUGGAGAAGACGAUGACCGAGGUCCAGAAUCUCCAGAGAAGGAUCGACCUCGUUAAGAACGAGAACAACAAGAAACGAGAGUACUUGGAUCAGUCCCGGACCCGGGGGUGUGGCCGACCCACCUGCCGUAACAUGGACACAGAUGUCUCGGACGAUGGGGUGGACUUCCCCCUGCCGGAAGGCGUCAAGAAGGAGAUCCUGAGCGAAGCUGCAAGCUCGGACUGGGCCAAGCCGCGCGAGGGCGACGAGGUCACGGUGCACUACGUCGGAACGCUCGAGUCCGGUGAGCAGUUCGCAAACAGCCGGGACGGUGAGGCCUUGACCUUUCUGCUGGGACGGGGCGAGGCGGUGAAGGCCUGGGACCUGGGGAUCCCAACCAUGCGAAAGGGAGAAGUGGCCAAGUUCAAGGUGGCGCCGGAGUUCGCCUAUGGCCCAGAAGGGUCUGAGAAGGUGCCGCCGAACUCCGCCGUGACCUACGAGAUUGAGUUGGUGUCGUGGAGGGCGAGGCUCGACUUAUUUUCGGAUGGGACGGUCAUCAAGACAGUGGUCCAAGAGGGAUCUGGCUGGAAGAUGGCGAGGAUGAAGGAUGAAGUGUGCCUCUCUCUCAAAGUGGAGAGGUCCGAUGGUACCACCUUCUAUCAAGUCGAUUCCUUCGAGUAUGUCCUGGGUUCCGACCUCCUUGGCCCCUGGUCAAAGGCUGCAGACCGAGCCCUGGUCUCCAUGAAGAGGGGAGGGCUGGCCUUGCUUCACUUUGCGAAGACCUUCGAUUGCGGAGCUGAGCCCCAAGAGCUCUCAGCCACGCUCACGCUGCAUCAGAUCUACGAGACCAGCGACAUCUCUUUCAAGAAGGACAAGACUCUGCUGAAGAAGCAAAUUGUCGAAGGGGAGGGCCAUGAGAAGCCCAAGGAUGGCAGCAAAGUUCGCCUCCGGGUGGAAUUGGCAGCCGAUGCUGCGAAGAAGGCCAUCCCAUGCUUUGAGCCGCAGGUCCUGGAGUUCGUAGCUGGCGAAGGCGAAGUGACCGAUGCUUUUGAGUUCUGCACAGCGGAGAUGAAGAAGGAAGAGAAGGCAGAGCUGCGGGUGCAGCAGCCGGCACAGGCUGCAGAGCCUCGUCUGGGCCUGGAGAAUUUGGGCGUGGAUGAAGUGCUCUUGACCCUGGUGCUAGAAGACUUUGAGCCCGCGAAGCAUGCUUUCAGCCUGUCGCCGGAGGAGAAGAUGGAGCGCGCAGCUUCCAAGAAGGACACCGGCACCAAACUGUUUAAGGCCCAGCGCUGGGCCAUGGCCACGAAGAACUACCAAGCAGUGUCUGACAUGCUGAGCUACAUGGCGAUUGCAGAGCUGGAGGGUGAGGCCAAGAGUAAGGCGGAGAAUCUGAAAUUGACCUGCAAUCUCAACUCGGCCGCCUGUCUGCUAAAGCUCCAGUGCUUCAACGAGGCAAAGGCCGCUUGCGAGCUUGUCUUGGAGCAGCAGGGCGACAACCUCAAAGCGCUGUUCCGCCGAGCGCAGGCAGAGAUUGGGCUGAAGAACUUCGUCGAAUGCAUCGCCGACUGCAAGCGCGUCCUCCAGCUGGAUGCCGACAACCGCGAUGCCAAGCUGUUGCUGCGUCAGGCGGCCACAGCCCAGAAGGAGGCCACCAAGAAAAGCAAAGAGGUCUAUGCCAGCAUGUUUGGCGCGGGCAGCGCUGAUGCCAAGGCCAGUGCCGAGGCCAAGCCCACGCCCAAGGCCGAGCCGAGGCCGCGGGCUGCAGCGACAGCCACAGCGCCGCCGGCGCCUGGGCUUCUGGGCUCGCUGUAUCAGCACGUGGCCGCAUUCUUCCACUUUUGGAACCGUCUGGCCUGGAGCGGCAUGUCCACGAUCUUCGGCCGCCUGAUGCCGCGCCUACGAGACAGAAGCUAG